UCUGCGUCGGGGUGUUCGCGUUUGUUGUUUUCGAGAGGCGGUUUCGCCAACGGGCGUGCGGGGCUUUUGCAUCCGUUUCUUUUUAUUUUUCUAGCAAAAUGGGGGCUUGCCUCGCCUUAUGUUCCUUAGCAAGUUGUGCCUCCUGUUUGUGCGGAUCCGCACCAUGCCUCCUGUGUGGCUGCUGUCCCAGCUCCAAUAACUCCACCGUAACUCGGUUGGUUUUCUCCUUCUUUUUGUUGCUGGGGACCAUGGUGUCUGUCAUUAUGAUCCUUCCUGGAAUGGAGGCUAAACUCAGAGAAAUCCCAGGGUUUUGCCAGGGAGGGAACACCAUUCCAGGUAUUGAGAAUCAAGUCAACUGUGAUAUUAUUGUGGGCUACAAGUCUGUCUACCGAAUGUGUUUUGCCAUGGCUUGCUUCUUCUUCCUCUUUUCCGCCAUCAUGAUUCGUGUCCGUAGCAGCAAAGAUCCCCGUGCAGUCAUCCAAAAUGGGUUCUGGUUCUUUAAAUUUCUGAUCCUGGUUGGAAUAACAGUGGGAGCAUUUUUCAUCCCUGAUGGAACAUUUCAUACUGUGUGGUUUUACUUCGGAGUGGUGGGAUCUUUCAUCUUCAUUCUCAUCCAGCUCAUACUGCUCAUCGACUUUGCCCACUCCUGGAACAAGGUGUGGGUAGAGAACGCUGAAAAUAGUGACAACAAAUGCUGGUUUGCAGGCCUCCUGUCUUUCACCUUCAUCCUCUAUGCCCUGACUAUCACUGCUGUAGUGCUUUUCUUUGUCUACUAUACAAAGCCUGAUGACUGCACCGAGCACAAGGUCUUCAUCAGCUUGAACCUCAUCUUCAGUGUCAUUAUCUCUGUUGUUUCCAUCCUGCCUAAAGUACAGGAAGCCCAGCCACAUUCUGGUCUGCUUCAGGCCUCGCUCAUCUCCCUCUACACCAUGUAUGUCACUUGGUCUGCGAUGACCAACAACCCAAAUCGUAAGUGUAAUCCCAGCCUGUUGAGUCUGGUGUCGAGCGUUAACACCACUGAGUCCAUACCUGACACCAGCUCAGAGCAGGUGCAGUGGUGGGAUGCGCAAGGUAUUGUCGGAUUGGUUAUCUUCCUCUUCUGCACUCUCUAUGCCAGUAUCCGUUCAUCCAGCAACACUCAGGUGAACAAACUGAUGCAAACGGAAGAAGGCGGCAGUGCGGGCAUAGAGGUCGAGGUAGGAGAGGAUGGGCUACGCAGGGCCGUGGACAACGAGGAGGAGGGCGUCACUUACAGCUACUCCUUCUUCCACUUUCACCUCUGUCUGGCCUCUCUGUACAUCAUGAUGACCCUAACCAACUGGUACCAGCCAGAUACCACCACCCAGGCCAUGAAGAGCAGUAUGCCUGCUGUGUGGGUUAAAAUGAGCUCCAGUUGGCUGGGCUUGGGUCUCUACCUCUGGACCCUCAUUGCCCCCCUCAUUUUCCCCGACAGGGAUUUCAACUGAACCAGCCCUGUCCCAGAAUUGUCAAAUAGAUGUACAUGGUACGGCUUAGGGUGUUCAGCUAUCUAAAGGAAAACGUAAUGGAAUAUAUCUCGUUCACUUUUAAUUAUUGUUUUAUUGUAUAUUCGUUAUGAGAGGAUCUUUGCUGCUUGUUUAUUGUUUUACUACUCUCCAAUGGGAAAGUACUACUUUCCAUUGGAUGUGAUAAUUAAUCACUGAAGAUUUUAUAUAUUCAAAAAAGAAAUGGAUUUUUUUUAUCAGUUGCCACGCUGAUUAGUUUUGGCCUCAACUUUAUUUGUCAAUAAUUCAUCUCGCGUGAUAAACUAUUGACCAACCUCUCUACCUUCCCACAAUACAUAUGGUGAUUUUGUGAGUGCCGCUAUAUUUUGGCAAAACAUUUGUUUCCGGGAAACAGCAAAGACUCAGCUAUCAUGUGCAUACUUUAUACCAUAGAUGGUUGAGUCGGGGAUUUCCUUUCCUUGGCCAGCGAGGUCGGGCCUUCUGAUUGGCUAUGUAUGGAUUCCACCUCAAUCAGCUGGGCUCUUUGGCUGCUGGGGGGUGUCAAGGGUAACCCUUUUCAGCACCCCAGAGAGCUUUGAGUGUGAGAGUUAGAUAAGGCUAGGACGACACACCCUACUGCCCGCAACAGGGCUUCCCCUGCUGCUAAUGGGUCGCAUGCGGAUCCACAUUAACGCUCAUCAGUUCAACUUGAGCCAGAGGUUUCUGACCUUUUUUUGUAGAAUAAAUGCAGGUACAAUAAAUGACUAGUGUCAUCUCAGUUCUUCCCUGUCUCCUCUGGCUUAAGCUGAUUACUCUCUGGUGCUAUGUCCUUUCCAUGUACUACUGUGUUCGGCCUUGUAUAGCCACGUGCAACUAUCUGCACUGCUAUAGCAGUCUGUAUGCAGUAAGGCUGCAUGUAUUGACCCACAGCAGUCCGCAUCAUGACCUGUGCACAGGUUCGGUUAAGAAAGUGAUGUAAGCCUAAACGUCUCACAACACUGGUAUAUAGCCAAAUACAUAGAGAGCAUGUUCUCUAGUUCAGAAAAAAAGGGAAAUACUCAGUAUUGCAAUGUAUGGGGGAAAAAACGCAUUUCAAAAAUGACAUAUUGCUGUUAAAUGGUAUUGACUAAAGGAAUAGUAUGUUGUUUGUGCUCACAGUAAUUUUAUGCAUUAUCUAUUUACCUCUAUUUGAAUAUGAAUGAAACAAAAUGACUCGACGACAGUAUAUUUUGUACUUCAGAUAAGCUGUUUUGGCACUACCUUGAAAUUACCGUUGACGUACUUGCGAGAUCUAAUGACCAGAAUGUGAACUGAAUAUCCUGUCUGACUGAUUGUAUUAUUGUGUAUCGUAAACGGACAAGUUUGAAAAUACGGUGGCUGAAAACGUCAGCUCUUGUAAUCGAUAAGGCGUCACAAAUCUAAUCUGUAUGUCACAUUUGCCCUUUAAAUUGAAUCCUCUCGAUGUAGAAGUCUGAAUCUGGAUGUUUCAGUAGUGUCGGUGGUAGAAUCAAGAUUUCAAGAAACUUAAGUGCCUUCAUCUUGCAUUUCAAAAUGAACGAGUUACUAGUCCAGAUGUGUACUUAUUAUGCAUUACCUGGUGGGUUGGCCAUUGCGCUCCACAGAGGCAUCGGCCCGUGUCAUAGGUUGAUAUAGGAAUCGCUUGUGUCAUUACUGUUUUUAAUAAAGAUUCCUUUUCAAGCAA